ACUUUAUAUAUACAUGUGAAUGAUUAACUCGUUUCGGUUAAAUUGAUAACGUGAGAUAAAUUAGAAUACUGAUAAAAGUGGUCACGACUUUCGACCCGGCACGCAGUUAGCUUUUAGUGCGCUGCCAAUAUUCACAACAAUCAUACCUAUCAUCUCUACAUAAAAACAACAUUUGAAAUGUAUUUUUUUUUACUUAUCGUUUGUCUAUUCGGAUUUGGCAAAGUGCAGUCCAACGCAAAUGUGGAGGAACAGUGCAUUGAUUACUUCAAAAGCGGCGACGACUUUGACUUAAACCAAUUGGAAGGAGAUUGGUACGCUGUAUACUAUUGGCCACCAUUGCAGCGUCAGAGAAGAAACUGCGAAAUUGUCCAGUUUAAGAAAACUACGCAAGUACAGAACAGUCCAGGGUGUUCCACUGUUCCAUUUAAUCAAACGCUUAUCGAAUCCAGUUACAAAAAUACAGCUGGAACGAGGGUCAAUCUGCUUUAUUAUGGGGAAGAUGAAGUGAAAUAUCAGAUUAGAUCAUGCAAUCGGCUUUCGAAGUACAUCUUCAUUGAUGUUGAUGACGGUUAUAUUUUGGGGAUCAAUUGUUCCACUGGGGGCAGGGGAGUUUUAUUGGCAAAGACGCUGCCAGCAAUGGAUGAAGUUCAAUCAAUUGUGGAAGACAUUGAUAUAAUGACUGGCAGAACUGGAAGUCCCGACUGCGAACUUUCUGUUUAACGUUCUAACUUUAAUAAUAGGUAUUAUUUACUUAUAAAAAUAAAUUAGUAAUUACG